CGUCCAUUAACUUAGCAACAACUAACGGUCUUAGACAAGAAUUCUGGUCUGUACUAUAGAAUACGAAAGAGGAAUCUGUUGCUCUUGGAAAUAAUUUUACCUUCAGAAACGGUUUGUAUUGGAGUAAACUGUGGUUUUAUUAAUUACGCUGUAAAACUCAACAUUCUGUCUUAUUAUGGAUUCGUUUUUACAGGAAGCCUUCAAUAAUGGAUGUUACUUACAUCCUGGUAUUCAAUUUCAAAGAUCAGAUAAUGUUGAAGGUACUUUUAUUGCUAUUGCUUCCAAAGACAUAGACGGAGAUCAAGUCCUCAUUUCGUGUCCCGAGUCUUACAUAAUAACCCUACAAAAAGCUAAAAAUGAAUUGUGUCGUCUAUCUCCGAAGUUUGCAGAUGAAAAAAUGCAUACCAUUGUAUGCACCUUCUUUGCUCUUGAACGUUUAAAAGGCGAAAAGAGCCAAUGGGCAAAGUAUAUUGAGUAUCUUCCCAAAACGUUUGAUACGCCCUUAUAUUUCACAGAUGACGAACUUAAAUCGUUAGAACAUACAAACAUAUUUUAUGGCUGCAAUGACAGAAAACGAAUUUGGAAAGAGGAGCACGCGACAGCUGCCAAACUGUUAGAUAACCCUGACAACUUUUCUUGGAAUAUGUACUUAUGGGCUGCAACCGUCUUCUCAUCACGCUGUUUUUCUUCAGCCUUGCUCGGGGAGGAAGAUACUGAUGAUGCUGCUCCAAUCCUUAUUCCACUAGUAGAUUCUCUGAAUCACAAGCCUAGAUGUCCAAUUAUAUGGAAUAAAGUUACUAAGGAGUCUCAUGCUGUUCAACUUGUCUCGGUUAAACCUAUUUCUUCGGGUGGGCAAGUGUAUAACAAUUAUGGUCCCAAGGGAAAUGAAGAACUAUUAAUGGGCUACGGAUUUUGUCUUCCAAACAACGAGUUUGAAACCUUCGCCCUUCGUUUGUCUCUCGAUAAGGCUGUAUACAAUAGCGAAAAGAAGCGCAGCAUUCUUGCAUCUCAUGGACUCUCUAAACUGAAUUUCUGGAUACCAAAACAGGUGGACUUCAGCCACUUACAAAACAUUUUGGAUGCUUUGGUCGUCAUCACGGCGUCCCCUUUUGAACUAAAAACUUUAGAAGAGCAUUUGGCAACACAUUCAUUCGAUUCCUAUAAACCCAGUAUAAGUGGGCGUUUAAGAGCAUUCCAAAUUCUCAUUGAAUAUUUCUACCAGUGUAUGGCACAAAUUCAAAGUUCGUUGCCGGUCGAUGGUGAUUCAUAUCGUGCUGUAUGUAUUGAGACUUACAAGAAAGGGCAGCUCGACAUUGUCUCCACGGCGCUUCAAGUUGCAAAGUCAAAAAUGGAAUCUUGCGUUUUGGAUGGAAAUGACGGCACUUUAUUGCGUUAUUUGGCGUCGCAUGCAAUUUCAGUCUUCUUGCUUCAGCAUCCCAACUUUUCAAAGUUGAAGGAAGCUAUUGAGAAUGUGUUCGGAGAAAGCGAUCCACAAGCGAUCAUUGAUAUGGGUGACGAUGAAGAUAUGAUUUUCUUGAUUGUUUGCGCGUAUUGUUUUUAUAAAAGAGAGGAUGUUCCUUUUGAUAUUACUAAGUUUAUACAAACAGGUACUGCUAUAACUGAGGAUGGCAAAGAAUUCUAUGAUUACUUCCAUUCCAACUUUGCCAACGCAUUUAAAGACAUCAUGAAAGAUAUAAGCAUGUUCACGCUUGAGAGUUUCUCCUGGGCUAUGUACUUACUUACGUAUGAGGCCAUUGAUGUCUCUAAUUUUACCUUUGUGCUUCCUUAAUACAAUAGUUGUUUAUUUAGAGGCCACCAUACCUUUGUCUUAGUUUGUUGUUUUUUUGACAAGUAAAUACUUGUAUAAUAGUAUAUAUGCAAGAAGCAAGAAAAAAAAAUGAACGAAUGGGUAAAAUUGAAUGAACAUGAAAAGGAG